AUGUCGCUGUGUGUGGCGCUGCUGCCUCGGAGAGGCCUGAGAAUGGCGGCGGCUGCGGCGGCCGCGGGACGGCGCAGCGUGGUGAGGGCGAGGGCCGGCCGCAGCGGAGAUGGAGCCUCGCCCCGGGGAGGGAAGCGCCCGACAGCAGCCGCGGGAGCCGCUACCUUGGCGGGAGGCCUCGGCCUAUCAGUCUUUUCCCUUUUCUCCCGCGAAGCUGAGAAAGAGAAGGAUUCAGCAGAAGGGCAGAGCGAGGCGAAGGAAGAAGACACCAUCAUUCUUUUGCUAAAGAAGGCCAAGCUGAGCAUCAUGAAAGGAGAGUUGGAAGAGGCGGAGAGGCUCCUUCACGAAGCUGCCAGGCUCUCGCACCAGUUGGACAACAAGCAAGCAAUUAUGUAUACGUACGACACGAUGGCGAAUUUGGCUUUCAUGAGGGGUCAGCUGGAUCACGCAGAAAAGCUUUUCAAAGCAGCCAUGAGCUACUUACUGGCUGGGGACAUGAAGCAAGAUGACAACGCCAUAAUAGAGAUGUCCCUCAAGCUGGCCAGCAUCUACGCAGCACGGAAUGAGGACAAGUUGGCUCUGGCUGGCUACGAGUUCUGCAUUCUGACCCUGGAGGAGAAGGUCGCAAAACAAAAGGACAUCCCUGUUGACGUUUUGCCAGAGGAAGAAAAAUCCAACACCCGUCUCCUCCUGGGGAUGACCCUCGACUCGUACGCGCGCUACCUCCUGGCGCACAGUCAGGCAGCCGCGGCCCAGAGGAUGUACGAGAGGGCGCUGCAGAUCUCCAUGGAGGUUCAAGGGGAGACACACCCCCAGACGGUAGUUCUGAUGAACGAUUUGGCGACGGCUCUGGACGCUCAGGGCCUCUACGAAGAUGCCUACGCGCGAGUAAGGAGGGCGUCAGAGCUGGCUCAGCAGACAGAGCACCCAGAGACCUACAUUGUGUUGAACAACUUCGCUGGGAUUCUCAUGCACAAAGAGGAGUAUUCAUCGGCGAAAGCUGUCUACAAAGAAGCCCUGCAGAAGGCCGAGGCAGCUGGAGACGGGGCUUCUGUCAGACACAUCCGGAAAGAGCUGGCCGAGCUCGCCAGGCGGAAGAGGAAGGGGCCUGUCUCUACGGCCGGUUCCUCAGGAGAACAGCAGAAGUGAUAGAGGCAGCGCAGGAGGGGGAGGGUGGCGCAAGCGUCGGCCACAAAACCCUCAGAAGCACGGCGUCUUCCUUUGCAUGGCAAGGACAGGUGUGUUGCGGGAAACGCCAAGGUGAUUCGGCAUCUCCAAUAAAAAGGUCAAUAGGGGUCAGUGGGUGGGAGACCCCAGGAGGCUGGGCUGAAGCUGUGCCACCGAAAUAUACAAUGCGGGCAGGAGUCUCCGUAAAUCUGUGCUGGGAAAGGAGGCAAAAAGCUACGCUUUGCACCCCAAAACUGAAUAAAGAUGACUGCAGCUUAAAGGUGAAUCUUUAAAAGAGAGUCGAGAACAUUUACUCUGAGGAUUUAAGAGGCCUGGCGUCGGCCCGCUGGAGAGAGUGGGUGUUUAAGCAGGGUGAAGGGCCCUGGGGAAGAAGAAAUAAGUGGGUUGUGUGGAAUGGGAGAAUUUGCUUCCCUUUCCGUUUCUUCCUCCUUCCCCGACCCCAGCGGUUCAGAGGAGCUGGUGGGAGCCAGUUCGACUCCUGGGAAAGGGACGGACGGUUUGUUUGGCGGCACGAGGCAGAAAUGCUUCUGCAUAGCACUUGCUGGAAGCUGCAGGAGGGGAGAGGGCACUCUUGCACUCAAAUCCUGCUUGCUGGCGUAAAGGCAUCUAGUCAGCUACGGGAUGCUGGGCUAGGUGGACCAUUGGCCUGAUCCAGCAGGCUUUUCUUAGGUCCUGGGUACAGUUGCCAGCAGCUCCAGGUUGGGGCUGCCUUAGAAGACCUGGCGAGAUGCUGCCAGCCAGUGCCAACAACACUGGUGUAGAUGGACCCCUGGGUCCGACUCUGUCACAAUCCAGCUUCUGCUCGCUCCUCCCCAUUUGGUGGCGAGGACUGGGGCAACAACGCCUACGACAGAAGAAUCUUGUUUUGGGUUGCCUGCCUCUCCUGAUCUGUCCUCCACAACAGGGGCCUUCCUGCUGGCCAGACUUCCCCUAAACCUAGAGCUACAGGAGAGAACCAACCCCAUGAAGCAGGGCGACAAAGAGAGCCCCUUGUGCAAACAGGGCAAUCUGUGUGGUACUGGGCAGCAUUGGGCAGGAUAGGGAGCCAGGAGGAUGUGCCACAUCGUGUGUCGGGGAGAGAUUAGGGGGUAGGAUGCGGCCCCUGCAGUGGGCUGCAGGGAAGAGUUGCAGAAGAAGUCCAGUUGCCGUCCCUCUUCUGGCCAAUGCAAGAGAAGCCUGCUUGACCCAUUGGCUGUGCAAGGCAUCACUGGGCUCGCAACUCCACCCAACCAUCCUGGGAGCUGGAGUCCAGAAGCAGGAUCCCUGUUCCUGGAGACGAAUCCACAGAGGAUGAGGCUGCCGGUGGCUCCCAGGAACACUGCCUCCAUUCGGCCUCUGCUGUCGGGAGGCACUGAUGUCUCCGAAUCCCACUUGCUGGGAGAGUUGCUGCUGUUGCACCCAGAAGUCUCGCUUGCUGUAUCCUCUAUGAAAUGGCCUAAUCCUCUUUUGAAGCCAUCCAAGUCGGCGGCCGUCACUGCCUCCUGCGGCAGUGAGUUCCACAGUUUAACUAUGCGCCGCACAAAGAACGAUUGCAAAACUUUUAUCCCUCCCGAAUCUUCCGACAAAAUUGGGAGAAGGGAAAGAGACUUCCAGCAGAACCACAGCUUU